AUCCGGCUGCAGGUGUACACGCACCGCAGCUUCUACGCGCGCCCGACCCAUCGCUUCGAGGAUCUCCCCGAGGAUCCCAGUCCGGACAACGAGAAAUAUGAGCAUCUUGGGGACUCAGUUCUGAGCAUGGUCGUGACAGAGCUCAUCAACGAGAUCUACCCGUACAUCCGCGUUGGGCCGUCCACCAAAAUACGUUCUCUGGUGGUCGGCAACCCGACUCUGGCCUGGAUUUCCGUUCAGUAUGGCUUGCCGGAAAACCUACGAAUGCACCCUGCCCAGGCCAUCACUUUGAGGCACUCCCAGAAUGUCCAGGGUGCGCACAUUCUCGCGUUCGUGGGAGGGCUCUACCUCGACCAGGGCCUCGACUUCGUGAAGACGUGGCUCUGCCCGCUCUUCCGCGUGUACGUCACCGAGGCCUACCGCCAGGUGCGCAUCCAGCACUGCCUGCCGCCCGAGGCGGAGGUGCACUUCCCGACGCUCAACGCGGUGUCGCCCGUGUCCUCGCGCUACGCGGCGAACAUGGGCCACCUCUCGCUCUUUAACCAGCACCUGCAGCAGCGGGGCAAGGGCAUCGAGUGGGUGUGGUCCGACAGUGCGGGCCAGGGCACGCGCACGACGCCGAUCUGGGUCGUCCGCGCGAUGGUCGACGAGCACUGCAUCGGGAGCGGGCGCGGGAGCACGAAGAAGGCCGCGAAGAACGAGGCCGCGAAGGAGGGCCUCCGCAACAUGGGUAUCAUCGUCUCGUGCGUGUCUUGCUCUUGA